UGUACAGUCGGGAAGACCGGCGCGCAUAGAGGAGCACGGGCCGACCCUCGAUAGAGGUUGUCACCGCCUCGGCUGAUUAACCGCUCGAACAUUGCCGAAGAAAGACCACAAUUUUACAUGCACGCGUCGCAAAUUGGAACGGGGAGGCUGUCCGUGUAGUCCCUCAACUUCAGACGGUUUGUGAUCUGUUUGCAUCGGGGCCUUCGGAAAAUACGAAAGAUUUCAACUUGUUCAAGAUCCAAAAUUUCAUAAUGACGUUACUGGCCUACAUCGUGAUCCCGCUGAUCGGGCUUACAUUGGCUGCUAGUGAGAUACCAAGAGAUGACGUCACGAAUGUGUCAUCCACCGUUUCACCCUCCGAAGAGGUCUUCGCGACCGACUCGAAUUGCGGCCACAUCACUUCGAAUGGGAGCCAAUCCGAAUGCACCAAUGACACGAGCGACGAAUGCGGCGUCUGUAAACCGCUACUAAUUUGGACGUGCAUUGAUGGACAUUAUGCAGAUAUUACAGGAGAGGAAGACGCGGCACAACAGGUGUUGAACGUCAUCUUAUACGUCGGGUUUUCUGUCUCCCUUAUUGCUUGCAUCGUUGCCAACGUCAUCUACAUUAUGACAAGACGUGGAUUGAAGGGCAGUCCGUAUCACGUGCACUGGAACUUGAUUGCCUCCUUCACGAUAUAUCACGUGGUGUUCUUGAUAGACUACAGCAUCCUGCCGAUGUGUUACGUCACCAAUAUGCACGCGCGAAACGUGCUGCACGUGCUAGCGGCGUACGCGGUCUUGGCCAACUUCUUCUGGAUGCUGGUGGAAGGUCUCAUUCUUUUCGGCAUCGUGGUCAUCAGCUUUUUCAAAGAGCAGAAAGGCAGACAGUUCAUCAAGUGGUGUCUACUCGGCUGGGGUGCACCGGCUGUAUUGGUUAUCAUCUGGAUUGUUUUGAAGAGGCUUACCUUAACUGGCGACUGCAGGGUUCUGGAGCUUAAGGUCGAGGGAACCGCUUGGCCAAACAUUGUCUGUCUGGUUGUUCCCGUUUUGGUCAUAUUGCUGAUCAAUGGAGUAGUUUUGGUCAUCGUGAUUCGAAAUAUUAACAGGAAACUCAGAGCCUGUGACCGUAGAGACGAGCGAAAGAGACACAGACGAACAGCCAAGUCCACCCUGGUCCUGUUGGUUCUGCUGGGCUCCUACUACGCCUUGCCCAUUGUGGCUGCCUUAAUCGAGAAUCCCUGCCUGAUGGUGUACAUCGUGACGUACCUGGCGAGGAUCAUCUCGUCCAUGCAAGGACUGGCUGUCACUACGCUCUAUGUCUUCCGUAAUGGCGAGGUACGUGAGCAGGUUCGGCGCUUACUAAACAAGCGAUUUGAUCGGCUGGACAUGAGCUGGAAGUCCGGCAUGGGAAGCACUCGGAUGAGCUCGCUCAGUUCCAGCAAGAGGAACAGUAGCUCCUCCGGCAGCGAUGCCAGCAAGGCGCGGCGAAGCACCGCCGGUACUGUCCCAGGGGCGGCCAUGCUGGAGAUGGACACCGCGCCGACUAAGCCCCUGCAACCAGCAGCGGACGUGAACUACAACAAGCCGGCGGCAGGGGGACGGGAGGAUAACCGCAUCUUGAUGGAGCCGCCUGACACGCAGGACGGACAGAAGAGUACGAGGUCCGGUAGCGGGUACACCAAGCUGGACACGACCGACCCGGAUGAGGAGCGUGGCUGAUCGGAAUAUUAAACAGCGCCCUCCUGAUGAGGGGAAAACCUGCCCAUGUUAGGAUUGAGGCCCAAUUGUCGAUACGAAAACCGAAAUAGUGUUUUGACUGUAGACUUGUACGGAUCGUAAGCAAUUGGGAGAACGAUUAUGAGUAGAUGAAAGUACGAGGAAUGGAAAGGUACAGACAUUUUGUUCAUUGCGAUUUAUAGCCUUAUUGUAGCAAGAGAGGUUUGUCUUUUAUGGGCCUUAUUCACGAGUUUGCCAUUUUUGACGAGUUCCCUGAAUGUAUU